CGCCCCAUCCGCGCCCCGCGCCCGGACUCCACUUCCACCGCCUCAGUCUCUGAAGCAUCCAAACGGGCGUCAGUUUCUAAACCUUCCCCAACUCCACCCCCACCCCCACGGUUAACUUUUUAACUUAACCCCGGUCAUAUCAUCCUAUCCCGAGUUCCAAAGUUCCCAAGUUCCCAGCCCAGUUAUAUUUAUAUUCUCCCCAGUAUCUCCCAGAGCCCUCCCCACAGUGUGUGCGAAGAAGAUACUAGAAAAGCGGGGAAGGUUGACGUACGCUUGCUGUUGGGGAAGGAGGAGGAUGAUGAUGAUGGCGAUGGGGGGAGAAGCAGCAGCAGCAGCAGCAGCAGCAGCGAGAAGAGCCCAUUUCAAUCCGACGGUGGAGAUCCCUCCUCCGUGGUCCCCGCUGGACGAUCCUGCGGCGGGAGCGUUGGGGAUGGGGAUGGGGAUGGGGAUGGGGAUGGGGCUGAGCCCCUCCGCGGGGGGGGAGUACGCGGCGUACCUGGUGGGGGAGGAAGGGGGGGAGGAGGGGGAUCUUCCGGAGGAGGCGGACGUGUACGCGAGCGACGAUUUCCGGAUGUACGAGUUCAAGGUGCGGCGGUGCGCGCGCGGGAGGAGCCACGAUUGGACGGAGUGCCCCUUCGCCCACCCGGGCGAGAAGGCGCGCAGGAGGGACCCGCGCAAGUACCACUACUCGGGGACGGCGUGCCCGGACUUCCGCAAGGGGAGCUGCAAGCGCGGGGACGCCUGCGAGUUCGCGCACGGGGUGUUCGAGUGCUGGCUCCACCCGGCCCGGUACCGCACCCAGCCCUGCAAGGACGGCACCGCCUGCCGCCGCAGGGUCUGCUUCUUCGCCCACACCCCCGACCAGCUUAGGGUUUUGCCGCCCCAGCACGCCAGCCCCAGAGGAGGCGGCGGAGGAGCAGCCGGACCACCAGGGACCGCGGCGGCGGCGGCGCUGGACUCGUACGACGGGUCGCCGCUGCGCCACCGCGCGGUGGAGGCGGCGUACUUGGCGAAGGGGCUGAUGUCGUCGUCGCCGACCUCGACACUGAUGUCGCCGCCGGUGUCCCCGCCGUCGGAGUCGCCGCCGAUGUCGCCCGGGGCGGCGGCGGCGGCGGCGGCGGCUGCUGGGGUGAGGAGGGCGUCGUGGCCGGCGGUGGGGGCGUCGGUGGGCGAUUUGGUUGCGUCGCUGAGGCAGAUGCAGCUGGGCAAGGUGGAGUCGCCGCCGAGCGCGUGGGGGUUUCGCGGCGGCGGGGGUUUCACGCCGGUGGGGUUCUGCAGCCUCCCGACGACGCCGACGAGGGCGGUGGGAGGUGGUGGGCGGAUGGAGAAGGUGAAUCCAGAGGGGGAUGCGGAGGCGGUGGAGAGGGUGGAGUCUGGGAGGGCGCUGAGGGCGAAGAUCUUCGAGAAGCUCAGCAAGGAGACGCCCUCGUCGGCCCUCGCGACUGCGCCGGAUUUCGGGUGGGUCUCGGAGUUGGUGAAGUGAGAAGAGAGAGAGAGAGAGAGGGAGAGAGAGGUAAGAGAAGUGAAGAGGGGAAAUGAAGCCGAAGUUACGGGGAGGUUUUUGAAAAAAAUUAUAAAAAAAAAAAAGGAAAAGGAGCGUAGUAUUAUUCGAUGUUAUUUUGGGUAGUUACCUGUAAAUAUUAAUUAAGCAACGAAGUUAAGAAAGGGAAAAGAAAGAUGCCACUAUUUUGUAGAUAUAUGUUGUGUUUAUGUGAAGGGCAGGGUCGGAGGUGCAUGGGGAUGGAAAUGGCUAAGCGGUGGAUUUGUUUUGGGGAGGAAGAAGAAGUUUAAGUUGAAGAUGACGAUGAUUGAUGAAGAUGAUGAUGGUCUUCUUUUUUUCUUUUUCCCCCUACUCUUCCUUUUUUUUCUUUGUGGUCAGUGUACAGGGAGCAGUAACUAAGUUGGAUUGAGUGCUACCGAAGACGAAGACGGGUGGCAUCAAAAGCCGUGCAAAUUCGCUGAUGAUUCUGAUUCAUAUUUCUGGGGACAUGAUCGUGAUCUCUCCUAUUCUGCUUGUUUUGGUUCAAGUUCUUAUUUGGUGUUUGUACUAGAUCAGUUACCAUUAUCCUUCCUGCUAGCCUUAUAUUUGCAUGUUAUUAUUUUAUUUUCAUGUCAAAUAUUUGUAACCACUCCUUAAAAUGAGAUUGUAAUAUAUACUUGUACUACUUGUUCUUUUAUAUAUAUAUAUAUUUAUAUUUUUCCCUCAA